GUGUAGAGUGUGUAUGAGAAAGAGAGAGAGAGAGCAGAGAGAGUGUGUGUGAGUGUGCAUGCUUGAGUUCUUCUCUCUCUCUGUGUGUGUGUGUGUGUGUGUGUGUGUGUGUGUGUGUGUCUGUCUGUCUGUGUGUGUGUGUGUGUGUGUGUGUGUGUGUGUGUGUGUCUGUAAGGGUGCGUGAGUUUGUGCUUCUCUGUGUGUAAAUGUUCAUGUGUGUGCGCCAGGGAGAGCCAGGCAGCACCUUUCCAACACACACGGCCAAGGCAGGCGGAAGGAGAGAGAAGCAAAGAGAGAGAGAGAGAGAUGGGGGUAUUUGGAAGGGCGUGGCUAGCCAACUGUCAGUCACUGGCGGGUUACCACAGAAAAUGGGCGUGCUCAAAUACCGGGACAGCCAAUGGUUAGCUCUCUAUGUGUAUGAGUACCUGCUGCACGUAGGGGCACAGAAGUCAGCACAGACCUUCCUCUCAGAGAUCCGAUGGGAGAAGAACAUCACAUUAGGAGAGCCCCCAGGAUUCCUCCACUCUUGGUGGUGUGUGUUCUGGGACCUGUACUGCGCGGCCCCGGAGAGGAGAGAGACAUGUGAACAUUCUAGUGAGGCCAAGGCCUUCCAUGACUACAGUGCAGCUGCAGCUCCCAGUCCCAUCCUUGGGAACCUUCCCCCAGGAGAGGGAAUGCCAGUGGGACCCGUACCUCCAGGAUUCUUCCAGUCGUUCAUGUCGCCUCGUUACCCUGGUGGGCCCAGACCUCCUCUCAGAAUACCCAAUCAGGCAAUGGGAGUCCCUGGUAACCAGCCUAUGCUACCCAGCGGAAUGGACCCCACGAGACAACAAGGGCAUCCAAAUAUGGGGGGGCCCAUGCAGCGAAUGACUCCCCCCAGAGGGAUGGUCUCUCUUGGGCCACAGAACUACGGUGGAGGGAUGAGACCACCUCUCAAUGCACUGGUUGGCCCUGGAAUGCCUGGCAUGAACAUGGGCCCUGGUGGGGGUAGACCUUGGCCAAAUCCUCCAAACGCCAACUCGAUCCCAUACUCCUCUGCGUCUCCAGGGAGUUAUGUGGGUCCACCAGGAGGAGGAGGGCCACCUGGUACUCCAAUAAUGCCCAGCCCAGCAGACUCAACUAACUCUGGUGACAACAUGUACACCCUGAUCAACACAGUCCCUCCUGGUGGAAACAGACCAAAUUUCCCAAUGGGUCCAGGUGCAGACGGUCCAAUGGGAGGAAUGGCAGGAAUGGAGCCACAUCACAUGAACGGGUCGCUAGGGUCUGGAGACAUGGACAGCCUCCCCAAGAACUCACCUGGUAACCUGAGUCUGAGUAACCAGCCGGGGACCCCCAGAGAGGAUGGAGAGAUGGGUGGCAACUUCCUCAACCCCUUUCAGAACGAGAGCUAUUCUCCAAACAUGACCAUGAGUGUGUGAAGGCUCCACCAGCUGGUCAGUUAGUGGUGUGGAUUGGUGGAACGCACAGAGACAGGAUGUGAUGUCAUCUAAGCUCAGUGGCUCUUCCUCUCUGUGACAUCUCUCCAGGACAGUGGACCCAGGCCUCAUUCUCCCCUUGGCCUCUCUCUAUCUGUGUUUGGCCUCUUCUUCUUUUCUGUUUCCUCCCCAUUUUACAUUUGUGACCUGCUUUGUUCAUCAACACCUAUCAUCAGAGACUGUAUAAAGGAACUGAAAUAAAACAUCUCUGAAUAUUUAUAAAUGUAUGUCACUGCACACUCUCAGUUGUGCUAAGUCUGUUAACACAGAAAUAUGUACCAUGCUCCACCAUCUUGUGGAAAAGAAACUGAAAACCCAAGUGUAAAGAAAUUUGAGAGGAUAGCUUUCUGGCCUGUCUCCCCACCUGCAGUUGUUAUGUCUUGAGAUAUGAUGGACAUGAUGGAAACCACAGUCUAUGAUUUGGAUGAAUUAUAUUGAGAUGUCAACUUCAUUCUCAUUGGAUACACACCAACCUGGGAUAAAGCCUAUGUGGGACUGGAACUGGGCGACAGCUUCAGUGAUUUGAGAUCGUGGUCCCACAGUGAACAUUCACCAAGAGCUCUUAUUUUAUUUUCAACUCCAUACACUUGGAUUUGAUGUGCUAUGUUGACUGCACAGAGAGAGAGAGACAAUUGUGAAUUAGAUAUGAGACAUAAAUGCGGAUAUCAUUUUUGUAUCUAUGUCUUGACCAGGAACAUCAACACAUACAAAACAGAGAUUCACCAAUCUAACGAUUACACAUCUGACAUGAAGAGAACAGAGAGAAUUCAAGUGGUUGGUUUUCUGCCUUUUCAAAAUGAUGCAAUCUGUUAUGAUUGUUCAAUUAAUGCAAAACUGUAGAUUUUUUUAACACCUGCCUUGAGGAGAUAAGAGCAUGGAUAAAGCAAAACCUCCUUCAAGUGAACAGCAGCAAAACCGAGGCUCUACUUGUUGGCACCCCCCCACCAGGUCCAGCACUCACUAAAAACACACCUGACCUUUGCAGGACAGAACAUCCCUCUCUCCCCCUUAAUUUACAAUCUGGGUGUAAAGCUUGAUUCCUCCCAGACCUUUGACAGCCAGAUCAAACAACUUUGUAAAGCCAAGCGUCAUUCUAUCACCUCAAGAAAUUGCCAAACUCUCACCCUCACUCAGACUAACGCAGAGAAGCUCACCCAUGCCUUUAUCUCCUCAAGGCUGGACUACUGCAACACACUUCAUCGGGAUCCCUGGCAGGAGUCACCCGAGACUCCAAUAUACCCAGAACAACGCUGCCAUGAUCCUGAUGAGAGUGCGGAAACACCAUCCCAUCACCCCCAUCCUGGCAUCUCUGCACUGGCUCCCCAUCUCAUCCCGGUUUGAAUUCAAAACCCUCCUGCUUAUCUCAAAUAACUACUCUCCUUCCAUAACCCCACCCGCAGGUCAAGCGAUAGCCUGCUCCUCCACGCCCCCAGGACCAAGCUCCGCUCCAUGGGGAUCAGGCUUUUAGUUUGACCGCCCCCCAGACUCUGGAAUGCCCUCCAUGACCACCUGAAGGCACCACAGACUCUGGGCUCCUUUAAAACGGGCCUAAAGACCUUUCUCUGUAGGAAGGCUUUCUGUUGAUAGCUGUGUUCCUUGGUGUCCUUGUCCCUUGUAGCAUUAUCUGGGUUCAUUGUGUCAGUUGCCCUGUCUUGUGUCAAUUAGUUUCUUUUAAAUUGUAUGCACUUUGAGAUUAUUCUGUAUAAUGAAAAGCGCUUUACAAAUAUCAAAAAAUAUUUUGAUUGAAUGAAAAAAGGAAGACAAAAACUGCAGCAAUGGUUGACAAUGGUUGUAGAGGGUUUGUGUGAAGGUAUUCUUAAAGGUCCAAUGCAGUCAUUUUUAUCUCAAUAUCAAAUCAUUUCUGGGUAACAAUUAAGUACCUUACUUCAAUAUUUAACCAUUUAAAUGGUCAAAAAUAAAAAUCUAGUUUGACUGCACAGAGCCUUUAAAAACACGGAGUUAAAUCAUUCUCUUAAUUUAUUAUUGUCAUCCGGACAAACUGUGAUCUUAAUGUAUUUUGGAGAGUUUGUGUGGAGGUGAAAUACUGUAGGUGUAUUUCGUAUUGUUUUAAACCUAAUCCUUAGUCCAUGUUAGAUUAUUACGAUAUUAUUUAGAGGUGGAUUUUACUACUCCCUCCCAUACGUAUACCUGUAAAGCUCACAAAUCUAUCUCCUCUAUGUUUUAUGUAUAUUAUCUUACAAAUGGACAGAAAGAGAGAAAGAGAGAGGGGGAUGGUGAACUAGAGGACACCAGUACAGAGCCUUUUGUUUUCAUGUUAGUUCAAAGUCACAAAUGUAAAUACUGAAAGAUGCAUUUGUAAAUUUGAACAUUCUACAUGUUUUAUUCCAAAUUUUGGUUAUGUUUGUUUCCAUUUGUGACGUGUUAAUUUUCUUUCUUUUUUUAAAUCUUGUGUUGUGUUUUGUAAAUACAUAGAAAUAGAAGUACUACAUGGGUUUUGAAUAUGCUGGUAUAAAGCUGAUCUUCUCUCAUUCAAAAUGUUGAUUCCUUGUCUGUAUGUGUACUGUAUGUGUUUGUGUAGGCUAUGCCCACUGGGCACACCACAUAAUUUCAAUGUGGAAAUUUGGGUAAUAUUUGGUUGACAUUGAUCAGUGAGAUUUCAACCUUUAAUCACCCACUCAAAAAGAGAGAAGUUUGUUGAAUUUACCAAUGUGCUAUCACUAUGAUCUUAAUCAUCUAAAACACAACCAAAUUACAAUGGGAAAACAAUGUCAGAUUUGUGGUUUAGUUGUCAUCUAAAUGUGUUAUUACUGCGCUUUCAAGAAUUUAAAAGCACAACAAAGUUGAAAUGGGAAUACUACACUGAACAAAAGUAUAAAUGCAACAUGUAAAGUUUUGGUCCCAUUUUUCAUGAGCUGAAAUAAAAGAUCAAAAUGCUUAUUUCUUUCAAA